AUGUCGAUUGAAGAACCUUUGAGGAACAGAGGAUUCCACAUCGUAUUGUCCAUGGUGAAGAUGAAUAAACCGGGGGAAAACACAUGUCUGAACAGCGCCGGGGAGGGAAGCCACAAAAGUUUAUCACGGGUGAUGGUUACUUUAAGAUAUUUAGCUAAAGGAGAUUUCUUGUCUGAAGUUGCAGACGUACAUGGCAUAUCAAAGUCAUCGGCAUCCAGAUGCAUAAACAGUGUAUGUGAUGCUAUGUGUCACAGACUUAAUAAUAUACACUUCCCACGUAACAAUGCUGAAGUGAGAGAAGUAAAAGAGAAGUUUUACUCGUUGGCAUCCUUUCCAAAUGUAAUUGGUGCCAUAGAUGGUACAUUAAUACCAAUUCAAGGUAUGACAGGAACUGAUGAAAAUCUGUACGUUUGUCGCAAAGGGUUCCAUGCUUUAAACAUCAUGGCAGUGGCUGAUGCAAAAAUGAGGUAA